CGUCGCAAUUCUCGCUUUCAAAGACUUUGCUCGCUCAAAACACUAUAUCAGUAUAAUGAAGUUCGUAUACGUACUCGCCUUCGUCACCUUGGCUUACGCUGUCUCAGUUAUGGCUGACUGUGAUCCCAAUGGUAGCGGAGAACCUAUUUGCAAUUCAUCAAACGAGGGCGCUAUUUCACGCAACUUCUGGGAUCCAACACACUACUGGCAAUGUAAGAAUGGUGUAGCUACACAAGUUGCUUGCGAAGACCUAACUGGCUUCUUGUCCGCUGCUGGUAAAUGCGUUCCAUGGAAGGAAUGGGACUGGACUGAUCCAUGCGCUGCAGCAAGUGCCUAAGUAUAUUUGGUAACGAUAGACGUAAUGGAUUGAUAUAUUGUUCAGAUCAACUCAAUAAACUAUGUACAUAAACACAGGCUAGUUA